AUGCGCACUUUGUCCAUAGAAACUACAUUAACUAUUUUGUGUGACUGUGAGGGAAGAUAUUCAUAAAUAAAUCCAUGAUGUUUCUGCCCGUUAUGUGAUGAAAUAGUGAAAUGUCUUUCCAAGUGAUUUGGAAUAUCAAUGAAGGGUUUCCUCGUCUUCCACUGACAGAUAUUAGACAGUAAGAUAAAUCUGAGACAUCAUAAUGAGUAGCCCAGACCACCAUCAUAACGGUGAUGAGUUGUAUGAACCAGCCAUCGCCCCUCUGGCCCCUAAGGUCAUCCUCCAGGAGGAAGGCCAGGUUGAAGUAUCAGCAAGUCCAGCCUUCCAAUGUCUAGAUGAGCUUUUCCAAGAGGGAAAAUUGACUGGUACCAGGGUAGCUCAGCUGAAAGCCAAAUAUACUGAAUUACAUAAGACACUUGGCAGAACACGGGAAUCAGAACUGGGUCUUCUGCAAACGGCAAAAGAAGCUACACAGGUCCUUGAGAAACAGACAGUAGAGCUAGAGAAAGCCGAUAAUUUUCCAGACAGCUCCAACACAGAGAAUAGUAAGCUGAGGGCCAAACUGCUCAAGCACAAUAAUGAGAUUGACCAAGCAGAGGAGAGGAACUACCAGUAUGAAUUCAAAAUCGAAAGCCUCCAGGAAGAAAAGAGAAUGUUGGAACGAGAGUAUGACAGGCUUCCUAAGAAAGAAGAGAUAGAGAAGAGAACGAAGGAGCUCAACAAGAAUGUGGAUGAACUUCGGCAAGAGAUUGGACAGCGCAAGCUGGAGGCCAAGAAUCUCAAGGAGGAACUUGCCAUGCGCAACAGACAGAUUGAUCUGGAGUUGAAGGAGCUCGAGGGUGAGGUUGAAACCCAAGAGAAACUGAAAGAAGAUUUGGUGGCAGUACACUCUCUCCCAGGACAACUCAUUAAGGAGAUGGAUAAGAUGAACAAAGCUAAAAAUGAGGUGGAGCGACAGCGGGCGGAGAAGGACGAGAACUACGCGGACCUAGCGGCCCAUCUUCAGGACCUCCUAGCCUCCCUUCAAGGCAGGACGGAUGAUAAGUUCCAGUUAGAGAGGGACAAGGCCAGGGCCCAGAAUGCUCUGGAUGAACAGCAACGCAAGUUUGAUGCUUGUAUGAAGGAUUACGAGUAUCAGAAAGAGAAGGAGGCUGUUUACCUUGGUGACAAGGCUACAUUGGACCUGAGCUUGAGGCAUGUACAGAUGGAGAAGAAGAACCAGCAUGAAAUCUAUGCUAGAAAGCUUCGUGAGAAGGAAAGAGAUCUCAGAAACCUCAAGAAGACGGAACUGCAGCUCAAAGUAGCCAACGAGGGUCUUGCGCACACACAGACGAUUUUUGACAAGGUCAAAGGUCAAGCCGACAGUGGUCCCAAGAAUGAUGGCACUCUGCUUGAAAAGAGGAAAGAACUACAAACUGAAGUAGAAAAGACAAAGAGGUUGCUAGCAGAUCAGAACUCCUUCACAGCCGUUGAACAGGUCAAAGUUGAACAGAGCAUUGCCGAGGAGGAGAGACUGCUUUAUGAACAGAGUGACCUGAGAAUAGAGGUGGUAGAACUGACUCGACUCGCCGCCAUCAAGGGUGACGAGAGGGAACAGAAGGCCAGGGAUUAUAUGAGAGCCGAGAUGAGGUACCACCGAGCGCUGGACGACCUCAAGGCUAAAGAUCUCUCCAUCAUUGACAACAAGAAGAAAUACCAGGAGAUGAUGAUAAGGCUUCGGGAGUUUGCCAAGUUGUAUGAUGUGAUCAAGAACGAGCGUAACAAGUGUGUCAAUCUGAUCCAGGCCAGCACCCAGAAGGCAGCGGAGAUGAGAGAGAAGAUCAAAAUCCUUCAGAAUGAGAUUGAGAUCCUCCGAACAUCAUGCCACAAGAAGGAAAGACAACUGCAGAAGAAGCGGCUGAAGCACGUGAACGCCGUCGUCCUCCGGGACCAGCUGCGGAACGAACUAGCCAAACAGCAGAGGAUAGAGGAAGAGAUGAGAGAGAAGCGAGAACAGCAGCGUCUGGAUAUCGCCAAGCUGAAUCUAAUGAUCAACCAAGCUGAGGAACAAAUGGUACAGCUGAGGAAGAGGUUUGAGACGGCUGUGCAGCAUCGCAAUGACAGGGGUGUACAGCUGAUAGAGCGUAAUGAGGAGGUGUGUCUCUUCUAUGAGAAGGUCAAUAUCCAGGAGGAUAUGAUCAGGAGAGGUGAUGUUGAUCUCCAUACCAGGGAGGAGGAAAUCAGAUUCUUGAAGAUGCAGGUUGCUGAGGAGAAGAGAGCCAUCAACCUUCUAAGACAGAACCUCCCCAACAAGAGAGCACUCGAUCAAGAACUUACAACUUUACAGAUCCAGCUUGCGCAAUGCCAGGAUAGAAUGAACGAGCUGGAACAUCAAUUGGAGAACCCUCAUGACGAGAAGAGAGUUCGCUUCUUGGAUGGAAAGGAUCUCAGUCCGCAAGACCUCAACAACAAGAUCGAAGAUCUGGAGAUUCGCCUUGCGGAGAAGGAAGAGCAGUUGUUGGAGAAAGACCUCAUCUUUGAUCAGGUGACCAGGCUAGCUGACCGUGUCAACAACCGGGUCAAUGCUGGUAAAGACGACACUCUGGAACUGGCCAAGAAGGUCAACGACCUCCAAGCCCGCAUCAAAGACAUCACCCGUAAGAUGAUGGCCUCUGUUUCGGAGCUCUCCAUGACCCAGGCGGAGGCUAUGAAGCUCCAGCAGGAGUCGCGCGACGGGGAGGCCAGGCUCCAGCAAGCUUACCUCCGCAUGGAGCAAGGGGAGGCCCCUACCCCUGAGGCAGCCAGGGAGUGGGAGAGGAUGAUGAGGGAUGAGACUAGGAGAGCUGUGGACAUGGAGACACGGAAACAGAUGGCGGAAGAGGAGGAGCAGUACAUCUUGCCUGGAGGGAACAACACCACGGCAGAGCCCCGCCCCAACGCCUACAUCCCAGACGAUGACAACGAUCUGCCAGUGCCACGCCCGUACGGACUUCACGCCCCGUUCAAGCCCCAGGAGAGCGGGGCCAACAUGAGGCACAUUCGGAAACCCAUCAUCAAACCGAUAGAGAUUUAGGACCAUUGAAGCUUGAGCUAAGAAACUAACUUUUCAGAGGUUAUUUCAUGAUAUUGGAUAAUCAUACAGUAUGCACAUACGGCAAAGGAGGUGCUGUUUCAAGAGGUGGCCUCUUGAUGCACUCCCAUAUUGCCUGGGCCCUGCUUGGCUACUAAUUUUGGUAAUGAUCACAGCAUUAGAGGGAGAGAGAGAACAUGGUCAUCUCAUACAUCUCCAGAUACUGUGAAAAAAUGAAAUUUUGUCACCGGGUUAUGGUGUCUUAUAAAAAGUAACAAAAUUACAUCAAUGUAAAUAUGGACAAGUUUAGUACGAUUCAUAAACAACUUGAGAUUGUCUUUACUUCUUUCACCUUGAAUCUUUUAUGAUUGAUAUUUUGAAAAGAUUGUACUGCCAUAUCAUCGGGUAAUCAUGUCGAUACAUGUCAGAAGAAAUGUUACAUGUUGUGAUAUUCUUGUAUAGUAUUAAGAAAAAUUUAGUGCUUGUUCACUUUCAAACACUUUUUUAUGUGAAAGAAAAUUCCAGUGUUAAUGAAAUACAGGUAUUUAGAAUUCAUAUCUUUUCCAACCUUUGAACCGUCUGCCAUGAUCUAGUGAUAGAUUUUGAUCUUAGUAGAAACUUAGUGAAGAUGGUUAAAUUUUUGAAGUGUGUGAUUUAACUAUAACCGUCCAACAUACUCAACAAAAUACACAAAAAUGUGAAAAACUUUGUAUUCUGUGAAAAGUGUUGUGGUUAUAAUGAUAUCAAUUUACUUCAUAUGGUGUUUAAAUGAACUUGGUCUAGCACAUUACCUCGCUAUGUAUGUAUAAUACAUUUAAUUUUGAUACAUCAAUAUUCUCUUUUGUAUGAAUUUUUCAAUCCGUCCAUCUAUGAAUUGUUCGCCUCGCCACCAAAGUAAGUAAUUGACUCACUUGCACCAAAGUAUGUCAUUUAAAUUUGCAUGAUACCCACCAAAGUGAUUCAUUUUGUUUUUGAUCAUUUGAAUUGGUACUAAAAAAAAUCAAGGUCGCUUUAAAUGUUUGUCAUGAGUUGUAUUUUUAUAUUUGUAUUGCACUUGUUAUCACUUAUCACCCCUUCCAUAAGAAAAAUAACCAAAGCUUUUUAUUUCAGAGACUUUACAUAUUACAGAGUUUAAUCAAGUGCUUGAUAAAGCUGACAAUAAAGAAGUAUUAUAUGUUAUAAACAUGAACUAUGGAAUGCCAAGUCAAAUUUUCAGAUAUUUUGAAUCUUUCAGACAUUAUAGAAACAAUGAUGGAAUAAAUGGUGUUUUUUUUUAAAGAAUGUUUUGUUUUGGUCAUAAUUUUGGAUGAAUAAUCAGAAAUGAAAUGACCCUUUGAAAAAAAUGCCCACAAAAAUAUUGAAAAUUUCAUUUGGCCUUCCAUAUUCUUGUUGUGUAACAAAAAGCAUUAUGAAAUAUCACUAAGGAAACGUAAUACGAUGAAUAAGUUUUAUUGUAAAGAAAUUGUAUGUUAAUUGUUAAUCUAAUUAUUCUAAUGUUAUAUGAUAAUGAUUUGUUUACAACUGAACAUCCAGUUCUUGAUGUAAUAUUAUUUUGCACAUAAAUGUAUCUAGAAUUCAGAUGAUGUGCAUUGUAGAUAAUAGUUAAAAUCAUAGUACUGUAAGAUAAUGUGUGUAUAUAAAUGUAUAUACAUGUACAUAGAACUGUUAUUGAAUUGACAAAUGGUUGUGACUGAUUGAUGAUAUUCAGCAAUUAUACGAUGAAUAUUUAAAUAGCCUUGAUGCUGUAGAAUAAAAGGAUAGUCGCGGGGGUGGUAGCUCUCAAGAGCUAAUGGCUUUUGAGGUUCUGGCCCUGUAACAUAAAUGUACAAUCAAUUGUAUAAUUGGUUGUGAAAAAAACUAUUAUUUCUAUGGCAUUCCCUGUACAAAAAUUUGUAAUUAAUUAUAUAAUCGAUUGUACAGAUUGAUUGCAUAAUCAAAUGUAAAUGUUACAUCUAGAUGGUAAAACAUGUACAAAAAAGUUACAAUUGAUUUUACAGAUUGUUUGUACCUAUUAAUGUGACCGAGACCUGGGGCCCCCCGUCUCAUAAAGAGUUUCAACUGUAGUAACUUUGUCAUUAAUGGCAACUACCAUGGUAAAAGGGCUCAGCAUCCAUUCACAAUCAAGGCUUCUAUGGUAGUUAACAGCAAAGUGUCCUUAGUUGUGAGUCUUUCUGAAAUGGGGCCCCUUGUCUCAAUAUGUAUCAUGUUGAUCUGUGGCAUCCUUUACAUUUUACUUUUAAUAAAGGAAUAUUAAAAAGCAAAUAAUUGAGAACAAAUGAAGCUGAACAAGACAUUUAUAAGCACUUGUUAACACAUUCACAAGCACAAUGAUGUUAAGAACAUCCCUGGGCAGUGGACAGAUGGCAUUAGUGGUUUGACUGGGAAAAGGUAAAGGGAAUCUAACCUUGGUUUAAAAAAAUUCAACGAAAGACAGAAAUAGGUAAAAGAGUGAGUGUGAAACGAAUUAGAAAAUUUAUAAGAAAUUAAUAUGGUUGUUUGAAAAUGAGAUCACUACGACUAUUUAAACUGAAAUUUGAAAUCUCAACAGUUUAUUUGUGUUGGAUUUGCUUGUAAUGAAGUGAUACAUAUAUGUCAAUGACCUCUGACUCCUGAGGUUUGGAUCAAGCAAUGACGAUUUUUUUUUGUCAAUAUAAUAAGGUAUGUAAUUUUAGUGCAAGUAUAUAAACCUCAGCAUUUGCAAUAAAUUUUCCAAAAAUAUUUUUUAAAACUUUGAAAUUUGAAACUGGUACUCAGAUAAAAACAAAAUGAACGAGUAAUUGUUGCCGAUAUAUUUUUUUUCUGUUAAAAGGAUAUGUAUUAUAUAGCAGAUCACAUGAUUUCCUAUUAUACAGGGUAUUACUAGUUCAGCACCCGAAAGAACAAAUCCUCAAUAUCUUGUUCACCAUCUCUCAAACAUUCCUUUCUCAUUGCAUUCACCAGUCACAAUCCGUACACGUUUCAUAAAUGCAACACAAAUAUACUCAUCACUUGAUAAUACACACGAGUCAUGCUGUAGAAUUGGCAUAUUUCAGGUUUUAAUACAUCAAUAUAGCGAAUACUUUUAGCAUUAAAUUGGCAGUUGCAUAGCAGACUUAUGCUUUGAAUGACCAAAGAGAACCACCAUUGUACAUAGUAUAUAUAUGAUGGAAGCUUCCAGACAUUAUCCCUCCUCAUGAUAUCCAACUUCACACAAUCUGUCGAUAUUUUCUUAGAGAUUCAAAUUAAAUUAUUACUUUCCCCUAGGGAAUUGUAAUGCUUAAUCCCCCUUUAACCCAUUAUUGAUGAAUGAAUUAGACUAGUUGGGGUCUAGUUUGCAUAAAUUACUUCAGAUAUGAUCUCUUGUAAACAAAAAUUUCAUCAAAUUGCAUAAAAUAUGAACAUGCUAACAAACAAUACUGCAAUAAUGCAUUGGAUAAAUUAUAAUUCCAUGUGUUUUAGAGGUCAUACAACAUAGAAAAACGUAACGUUAUUUUUCUAACGUUGUUCCAAGUACAAAUUGGCUUACAUUUUUUCUUCAAAUGUAUGACAUUCUUACUCAUUAAAAAUGAUUGAAUAAUCUAAAAAUAAUAUGCUGUAAACAUGAAUUUCAGGGCAUAAUUUUAAAAGCACUUAUUUCUCACAUGGAUUCAUCAGUGUAUGACAUUCAAUUAUAAAGUAAAUAUGAUAUUAUAAGAUAAUCUUUUGUACAAUUGUCAAUAUAAAUAUUUCAGUUUGAAUGUUCUUUAAAAGAAUUUUUUAUGUGGAAUAUAUGACUUGAAAACUUAA